CGGUAUCGGUGGUUAGGUUAAAGUGUUUGCGGCCUUGAGUGGUUCUUUAUUUUAUUACCUUUUUGUUUGUGUUCGUUAAUUUAUUUCAACAUGGGUUUCGAUGAAGGACGGAUCGUCCUUGACAGUGAUAGUGGAGCAUAUUUCACAGGACAGACGGUUAAUGCAAAAUUAGUAUUUAACCAAGACAAAGUGAAAACUUUUCGAGGUAUAUAUGCAAAAAUUAAAGGUUUCUGCAGAGUCCACUGGACGACCUCGCACUCCAGGAGAGUCCCUGACGGCCGAAGCGGCCAUCGCACUGAGCAUUAUACAGAGACACAUGAGUCUCAUGAGGUCUAUGUCGAAAGGAAAAUUUACCUCGUUGGAGGGGAAAGUGGGGAACACCGGAUACAACCAGGCAAACAUGAAUACCCAUUCAACUUCCCACUGCCCGCGGACUGUCCCUCAUCCUUCGAGGGUCAGCACGGCCACAUCCGAUAUGAAAUAAAGGCGGUGGUGGACCGGGCCUUCAAGACUGAUCAAGAGAAAAAGGUCCGACUGAGGGUCAUAGCACCAUUGGAUCUUAAUGCGGAUCCGUACUGCAGUGAACCAAUCGAGAUCGAGAUGAGCAACACUUACUGCUGCUGUUGCAUGAGCCGUGGCGCCUGCGAGACCUUAGUGAAGCUACCCAAAGGCGGCUACUGCCCUGGACAGACUGUACCUAUUGAAGUCAGCUGCGAAAACAAGGGCAAUGUGGACAUUGAGACCAUCACCUUUGCUAUUGAACAGAACACUGUGUUCCACGCGACCCAUCGGCCCGGCACGAAGAGCAGCGAAGAUACCGUCGCCAAAUUAAAGAAGGGCCCGAUACCCGGCAACACUUCUCGCACCUGGACCGUGGAGAUGGAAAUGCCCACCAUGGACCUGUACAAUGUAGCUGCUUGUCGGUACAUCGAUAUCGACUAUACGUUCGUGGUCAAAGUAUCACCAGACGGCUGUCACGAAGACAGCAAAGAACGACGCCGCAUCGUCAUCGGCAACAUCCCGCUGCGAGGCUACCAGGACAAUAUCCCCAACCCAAUGCAAGACCAAAUGCCGAAACAGAUAGAGAACUAUCAAAAUGCCGCGCCGCACUUCGGCCCCGUUGUCAACCAACCGAUGCCUUAUCCUGCUCCUAGUCCUUACCCUAGCGGUAACCCUUACCCGGGUGCAUACCCUGGUACUAGCCCGUACCCUGGCGCGAACCCUCCAUACCCGAACGCUAGUCCGUACCCCGGCCCGCACCCGGUGUCUCCGUAUCCUAAUUCUCCAUACCCUGGAAGCGUGCAGCCGGUCUCGCCGUAUCCGCCUCCGUACUCCGCUGUGCCUUCGUUGCCGCCUGGGGCUAAUGUGCCGUAUCCCACAAGGCCCACGAGCCCGUUUGUCAACGCUAGUGCCCCCGGCCUGAUUCCAGCAACACCGGAUUCUGCCGAGAAAAAAAACCCGAUAGAUGACAGCUGCAACAAUCCUCCUUUCAACCCUAACUUUAAAUCAUAAAAUAAGUACUGCCUUAUGAGCUGCUAUGCUAGAACCAGCAUGCAGUUUCUUUUUACCUUUGGUGCUACUAUUAUAUGGGGUACUUACAUUACAAACGCCUAACUAUUGUAUACUUACGUAUAUUCUUGUAGUAUCGAUGAGGCCAGUGACUUUGAUGUUCUUAUGGUAAUGCUUACGAAACUGCUUUAGGUAUUAAGAAUGUAAUCAAUUUAUGGUAAGACAAUUUAUGGUGUGUUUAUGAUUGUUUUAUUGGCAACAUCGUGAUUAGCUCUCGUCGUGGUUUUACAAUUUGAAAACGAUUGAGCAUGUGCUAGUCUUUAUAAAGUAACUACAUCUAAAAAGGGUUUGUUUUGUUUUAGGAAUAAAGAUUUUUGCGUCAUUAAGUCGUUAUGAAUAUUACGUAUAACAAAUUUUUAGAUUUAUGUAGGUAUUGUAUAAUUGUAAUAUUAAAACAUUUUAUACUUCUAUUGCGAGAAUGGGGAGAAAUGACGAAGUUUCGCGUCUUCCAUCAUAUGAACAAAAUAAACAUGCACAAGUCACUAAACUAUAAUAGUACCUACAUUACGUACAAGUAGGAAAUUCGCAAGUGUAUUGUACAACGUUUUACAGUACAUGUGGCCCAUAUUUUUUGUCAUAGGCACGUAUUGUCCUUAAUCCCGCCCUGGGGCGGUAAGGUACCAUCAUAUGUACUGUAAAAAUAAAUAUGAACUCAAUAAUGCAGAUGUAAUAAAAAGUGCCAUUAUUUACCUAACAAGGGCCUUCCCCUAAAAAACGUCAAAUGUGCCUUCGGGUAACUUUAACUCAUUAGCAGUAAACAUGUACAAUAAUAUUAAAAGGAUUUUGAGAGAUUUUAAAAUACCUAGCGAAAUAUAAUAUGUAGUCUGGCAAACCAAAAAAAGCGCGAAAUUCUAAAUGUUUACAGAUCGCCUUCUUCCGCCUACGUUAUAUAAAUUCGUCGCGUUUUUCUACUGACUAAAUUAGCUUGCCAGGCUAUUUCCUUAGGUUACUUAUUAUCUUGUGUGUAGUAUGCUAGUACUCGCUACUUUGAACACAAAUAGAUAUACGAUAUACUUACCUAUGUAUACAACAUUGUUAUAAUCUUCCUAUGCCUAGUGCUUAAUUCUAGAUAUAAGAAUGAAGACCUCAUAUUAAUGUUGAUUUUCUACUCGUGUAUUUUUUAUAUGAAAGGCUUUAUUUUAAAAUGUUAAACAGUAUCUUGCAUUUGAUCUUUGAAUGAUGAUUUUAUUUUAUAAUGAUGUUAAGGGAGUUAGAGCAUUUAAUUUUUAUAAGAAAGACAUAUUUUUACCUACGUAUGUGAGAUCUGUGAGAUUU